AUUUGUUUCCCUCAUUCCAAGAAAACCAAAACCGAAACCAACAUCCAAUCCAUUGGUUUAGUAUAGUGGGAAAUCAUUGAAUUAAAUUCUCCUACUUAUUAUUCUCUCCAAUCCCAUUCCGUUUGUAUUCCAUUCUCUCUCUCUCUCUCUCUCUCUCUCUCUCUUUUCAGCAAAUCGCCGGCGUUCUAAUUCCGAUCAUGAGUUAUUACGACCACCACCAGCCGCCGGUUGGGGCUCCGCCACCGCAACCGCAAGGGUCCCCUCCAAAGGAUGCUUAUCCUCCGGUAGGGUAUCCUGUUCAGGGCUACCCUCCGGCGCCGCCGCCUCCACAGUACAUUCAGCCUCAGCCUCAUCCCAACCAACAAACCGGUUUCCUUGAAGGAUGUUUAGCAGCUCUUUGUUGCUGUUGUCUCUUGGAUGCUUGCUUCUGAGAAGAAAGGAUGGAACUUUAACUUAUGAUUCUAAUUUCAUUGUUGUAGUAUGGUAAUCAUCAAAUCUUGUUAUUAAUAAUGUUAUGUUUUUACACAACUUUCAAAUUUA